ACACUCCCACUGUUUCAUUCUCAGUUAAUAUCGAUAUUACGUUAUAAACGCUGCAUAUCAUUGGACCCACAAAUAAUAUUGUAAAAUCCAUAUUGUAUGAUUAGCGUUUGUGUGAUAUGACCGAUAGCCAUCAACAGAAUUCUCUCCGCACAUUUCAGUUGCCUCUCAAAAUCGUAUGAUAAUCCAUGCAACAGCUGAUUUGUUAUGACGCUGUUAAACUUGAUUAAAUAGAUAAGCAGUUAGCAGAUGUUAAACUCAAUUCCAAACACCAUUCGCUGAUUUUCAAUUAAACUGGACACCGUCGAGAACAAUUUCUCCAUAUAAUAUUAGUGCUUAGCUAAUUUUAUACGAUAGCAGAGUAAACCAACUGUUUUUUUCAAAUAUUUUGCACAAUUAUAACAGAAACAAGACAUUGCGCACUGUUACUAACAUUAUGGCGACUGUUAAGAUUUAUGUGUGACAACAACAACAAAAACGGGCCUGAUCUAAACAAAUUCAAUUCCCACUGCAGAAAAGCAACAAGACGAAGAAGAAGAAGAAGAAAGGGCAGAAGUGCCGGGAAGAAGGAACAAGAACAAUUAACAUUUAUCUAGCUGGGGAAUAUGGUGGAGGUGCAACUGAGAAAGCGCAACGCUUGCGUCAUUGUGCUGGGCGACAUCGGACGCAGUCCACGUAUGCAAUACCAUGCGCAGAGUCUGCUCGAGGACAACUACAAUGUGGACAUCAUUGGCUACAUGGAGACGCGGCCAUUAGACGCUUUGGCCGUGGCGCAGCCCAAGUGCAAAAUCCACGAACUACCCGCCGUGCCCGUAACGAAUCUAACGCCCAAAUUGAAGCUGCUGUUCAAAGCGAUCUGGCAGACGUUGAGUCUGCUGAUGGCACUCAUCUCGAUACGGCGUCCCAAUUUUCUGCUCGUCCAAAAUCCGCCCGGCAUUCCCACGCUCAUCGUGUGCUAUUUGUAUUGCGCAGUAACGCGCACCAAGCUCGCCAUCGAUUGGCACAACUACAGCUAUACGGUUCUGGCGAUGGGCAUGGCCGGUGGCGAGCAGAGUCGCCUUAUCCGGUUGACCAGACGAUUGGAGCGCUACUUUGGCGCCAAGGCGCACACACAUUUCUGCGUCACUCAAGCCAUGAAGGAGGAUUUGCAACGCAACUGGAAUAUUGGGCCAGUUACUGUGCUGUACGAUCGUGCGCCGGCGCAAUUCCAUCCGAUUGAGUUGGCGCAAAAGCACGAUCUGUUCAUGAAGCUAUCGAAGGAUUAUGCACAAUUCAUGCCGCACUGCUAUGCGGAUCUGAAGCAGUCGGGCGUUGUCGAAUCGACGGCACUCACCCAGAAACUGUCGAAUGGGACUGUGCUCUUUAAGCCGCAACGGCAAGCGAUAGUUGUGUCGAGCACCAGCUGGACGCCCGAUGAGGAUUUUGGUAUACUUUUGCAGGCGCUGGAGUCAUACGAGUGCAUCGCAUUGGCCGAGCCGCAUGUAUAUCCCUCGCUGCUGUGCGUCAUCACCGGCAAGGGGCCGCAGAAGGCGCAAUACGAGGCGCAGAUAGCGAAAAGGCAAUGGCAAAAGGUGUCGAUUGUGACGCCCUGGCUGGAGGCGGAGGAUUAUCCCAGCAUUUUAGCCAGCGCCGAUCUUGGUGUCUCCCUCCACUGGAGCACCAGCGGCCUCGAUCUGCCCAUGAAAGUGGUGGACAUGUUUGGCAGCGGUCUCCCAGUCUGCGCAUAUAAUUUCAAAUGUCUGGACGAGCUGGUCAAGCAUGGCGAGAACGGUUUCGUUUUCAGCGAUCAUGUGGAGCUGUCGGAGCAGUUGCGCAUCUGGUUCGAGCACUUUCCGAACAAUCCCAGCAUUGUCGAGACUCGAUCGCGUUUCGGUCGCAGCCUGCACCAGUUCCAGGAGCUGCGCUGGCGCGAGAAUUGGCAACAACGUGCUGCACCCGUAUUGGAGGCAUUUCUUUAGGCAGUUCUUUUUCUUUUCUCUUUCUUUUUUUUUUGAUAAUCUUAAAUGUUUCCGAAUAAAGUUUUUUGACCACUACAGAAAGGCA